GAUGGGUGGAUGGAUGGAUGGAUGGAUGGAUGGAUGGAUGGAUGGAUGGAUGGAUGGAUGGAUGUUGCUGCUGUCUGAUCACUGACGUCACAUGAGGAGACAACAUGGCCGCCCUGCAGAUCAAGCAUCUUCUUCUUUCACCAUUUCCCAUCUUACAAGGAUUUUGUGUAUUAGACUAAUGUGAAGUAAUGCUAAGCAAAAUCUGAAAAGUGUGGCGGACAUUUUUAUUCACCAGUAGUGAUCUUUUUGGGGUUUUUGCCCAUUUUUCUACACAGAAGAGCUCCAGCUGAGUCAGAUUGAAUGGAAACUGUCUGUGAACAUCAAUUUUAAAAUUUUAAACAGAUUCUCAGCUUUGACUUUGACUAGGCCAUUCUACGACAUGAAUGUAAACGUUUCCAGUGCAUUUCUGGCUGUAUGUUUAUGAUGGUUCUCCUGCUGAAAGCUGAGCCUCCAUUCCAGCUUUCUGCCUCUAACAGUUUUUAUUUCAGUUUUGUCCUGGAUUUAGCUCCAUCCUCAAACUCUCAAGCCGCACUUUCGAGAUUCCAGAUAUGUAAUUUUCUGUAUAAAAUCCCAUUAAAAUACAGUGAAGUUUGUAGCUGAAGUUCACGUCUCCCUGUUUAAAUCAGUCAUAUCAGUUUCUAAUGUUUCAUUUCCAGAUUCCCAAACGGUUUUUAUGGGUAAAUAAUUUUUUGCAGGUUGCUGGGAACUCUUUGACCCCGUUUGGAAAUGUUUUAAUCUUUCUUCCACAUUGUUUGUGUGUCUGGAGAGGCCAGAGAUGGGCAAUGCCCGGCUCUUUGGAUCAAAAGCUCUAUGAGGAUUAAGAGGAAAAACAUGGGAGGAAAAUAAUCUGCAGCCGCGGUGACAUCAUGGUUCAGCGGCCGGUGCAGCGGAGGUUACCUGAUCGUUUCCAUGGAUCCCCUCCAACCUGCCGUCAUCGGCGACACGAUCACGUUAAAGUGCAACUUCCAGACGGACGGCACCCUGAGAGAGAUCGCGUGGUUUCAGGUAAUUGAAGGAGGCAAUGCCAAGCAAAAGAUUUUCACCUACGAUUCUGUUUACAACACGAGUUUCUCCAACAUGGAGGACACAAACAAACGAGAGGAACUGGUUUACCACUCAACAGUUCGCCUCCCUGAGGUGCAGCUGGAGGAUGACGGCCUGUAUGAAUGCCAUGUGGGGAUCUACAGCAAAGGCUCCAGAGAUCAGCUGAUCGAAGCGUCUGGCAGCGUCACGCUCUCCGUUAUCGUUCCCCCCAGGUCUAUUUCUGUGGCAGCAGCCAACAGUCCCGCUCCGUUCAGCCGUUACGAGGCCAAGAACUUCACCCUGGUUUGCAUUGUUACUGGAGCAAAGCCGGCUCCCUCGGUUUACUUCAAACGGGACGGUGAGCUCAUUGACGUGUUUCCAGCAGCUCGGUAUUCUUCCUUGGCGGGACAUCACAGUAAAGCCUCCAAAAGAAACCAGAGCGUGAACCAGGUUCUUCCCAGAGGAGAUGUUGACGACACCAAAAUCCAGAAGUCCCUGUCCCUGCAGAACCAAGCGGGGAAAGUGGCCCGGCUUAGAGAGAAUGAGACGGACAGCUUGGAGCAAGGCGGGGAGGAAGCAUCCAGGUUGAAGCUGGAGUCGACCACAGAGGGCAUCCCAGAGACGGUGGUGAGCCGGGAGUUUCCCCGCUGGGUCCAAAGCAGCGACCCGCUCUACUACUUCCAGCACUGGCAGCAGGUGGCUGGCGACGGCACCAUGGAGGCCAGAGCCAUGCUGACCUGGAGCCUCAACCCCCAGCUGGAUAACGAAGCCCUGUUCAGCUGCGAGGUCAACCACCCCGCUCUGUCCAUGCCCAUGCAGGCCGAGGUCACGCUCACUGCUCCCAGAGGACCCAAGCUGUCCACCAGACCCAGUAAGGCCAAAGUGGGAGACACGGUGCGGAUUUCCGUCCAGGGCUUCCAGCUGGGACCGUCUGCUACCAAGGUGUUCCCGGAGCCUCUGCUCACCUGGACUCGGGUCGGCGGGAACCUGCUGGACGGCAGCGAGAAGCACGAUGGGAGGGAGCUGGUUCUGGAGCGGGUCCCCGCUGAGCUGAACGGAUCCAUGUUCCGCUGCACGGCGCAGAACCCUCUGGGCUCCACCGACACACACACCCGCCUCAUCGUGUUCGAGAACCCAAGACUGAAGAAAGGAAGGGAACAUUUUAUCGCUCUCAACGCAGCGGCCACUCGGCUCUCCGUCACACCGAACCUCCUGGUUCUGCUGAGCUUCGCCUGUGAGCUGACAUGAGCCGAGCGCCGCGGCUCCAGCAGAACACCAGCCGGUCAGGCAGACCGGACCCGGAGGCUCAGCGGACUCAGGAGCUGCAGGAGUCAGUCGGCUUCGGCAGGGUGUGUGUCCAGGAACCGGCGCCGAGUGGGACCCCGGUCCGGAGAGCGGAUCUGGACAGACGGGUUGAACUUUUCAUCCUGGACGUCAGCCGGAUCUCAACUCUGGACAUUUUUUCCAGGAUUACCGGACCCGGAUUGCCAGACCUGACUGACAGUUUCCGGCCCAAAUAGAACCUAAAACCCGGUCAACUCCAAAACAAAACAACAAAAAAGAAACAGCCCAAAUCUCAACUUCUGUAGAAACGCAGGUUAAUAUUACAUCUCUCUCUCUCUCGGCCUGAUAAAGGCUUGUCAGGGAAAGGAGUACAUUUCCACCAAAAAACUCCUAAAUCUCCUUAUUUUUCUAGUAAAUUUCUAAGAUUAUUCUAAAAAUUUUUCAGUUUCAAAAGUUGAAAAUUUUGACUUUCACCUAUUAGCUAAAGAUUUCGCUCCAAGCUACUGGUAAAUAAAUAGUGGCUUGCUUACUAAAUAUUUAACUUGCUAAUUAUCUAGUUUGGAGCAAAAUAUUUAUCCUGCUAACUAAACAUUUAGUUGACUAACUAGAUAUUUAGCUUCAAACUACAUAUUGGCUUGCUAAUUAAAUAUUUGGUUUGGAGCCAAGUCAUAGUUUCAAAAACCAAAUAUUUUCAACUUUCGGAAGUUUGAAACUUUUGGAGUUUGAAAAGUCUAAAAUUUUUGACUUUCAAACUCAGAAAUUUUGAAGUUUCUUUUCUAAACCCUUCCCCAAAAUUUCAGAGUGUUUUCUAGUUAAUCUUUGACUUUUCAAACUCAGAAAUGUCCAAGUUUUUGGGCAGAAAUGUACUCUUCUUUUUAAUCCAUCAUGGCCCUAAUACACCGUAGCAGUCGACAGUUUCCAGCUGAAACAGAACUGGACUUUUUGAACAAACCUUGAGUUUUGUGUGGUGUUAUAUCCUUUUAAAUCAUGAAGUUACUCUGGGAUUUCUAUUUUAAAAUACUACAUAAUGACAUUUAUUAACCAAUGACUAAUCAUUGAUGAUGUCACGUUUGACAGAUUCUAGAGAUUUCAAAUUAAAUUAAAUAAGACAGGUGCAAAAUCGCGGCAUUUUAUUAAAAGUUUUGUGCUUCUUUCUAAAAAUCCACCAAACUUUGUGAAAAGCAGCACAAAUGUUAACAUCCCACCUAAUCUGGCAACAGAGUCACUUUUUCCUGUUUGCACAGUAAAAAAAUGUGCUUCACUUGUUUAAAUGACAAAAUGUUUUAUUGCAAAAAUAUUAAAGGGUGAAUUUAAACC